AUGAAGGGCGGCGCCAAGGUCAUCAUCGAGCAGCACCGCCACGAGGGCAUCUUCCUCGCCCGCGGCAAGGAGGACGCACUCGUCACGCGCAACCUCGUGCCCGGGGAGUCCGUCUACGGCGAGAAGCGCAUCUCCGUGGAGACGGACGGCGACAAGGUCGAGUACCGCGUGUGGAACCCGUUCCGCUCGAAGCUCGCGGCCGCGGUGCUCGGCGGCGUCGACAACAUCCACAUCAAGCCCGGCGCGAAGGUGCUGUACCUGGGCGCGGCGUCGGGGACGUCCGUGAGCCACGUGUCGGACAUCGUGGGGCCCGAGGGCGCGGUGUACGCCGUGGAGUUCUCGCACCGGUCCGGGCGCGACCUCGUGAACAUGGCCAAGAAGCGUCCGAACAUCAUUCCCAUCAUCGAGGACGCCCGGCGCCCCGAGAAGUACAGGAUGCUGAUGCCGAUGGUGGAUGUCAUCUUUGCUGACGUGGCGCAGCCGGACCAGGCGCGCAUCGUGGGCCACAACGCGAAGCAGUUCCUGAAGAACGGCGGCGGCUUCGUCAUCUCCGUCAAGGCCUCGUGCAUCGACUCGACGGUCCCGGCCGAGGCGGUGUUUGCCAGCGAGGUGAAGAAGAUGCAAGAGCUCGAGCUCAAGCCCAAGGAGCAGCUCACGCUGGAGCCGUACGAGCGCGACCACGCCGUCGUCAUCGGUCUCUUCCGCGCGAAGAAGUCGAAGAAGGCGGACUGA